UCGGAAGCUGACUGCGCGGCUGCAGGCAUUCUCCCUGCGCGGUGCCGGGGGUUGAGCCAAACUCCAGUGGCAGCGUGCGAAGAGGAGGCUGGAGUCCGGGUGGAAAAUGGAGAAGGAGAAUCGCUUCCAGAUCUCUAAAGAAGUGUCGGACAUCUUCAACGCCCCUAGUGACGACGAAGACUUCCUCGGCUUCCGAGAUGAUGUUCCCGUGGGAACCUGCCUGGCGGAGGAGAGCCACAAUAGUUUCGGCUCCCUGGAGUCGGGGAAGCAGCAGGCUGUGCACUUCCGUUCCAAGUACUUCACAGAAGAGCUAAGAAGAAUUUUUGUAGAGGACACUGACUCGGAGGAUUUUGAGGGAUUUACACAGAGCGAUCUGAAUGUAAACAGUGUCUCAGAAGUAAAGCUCGAGGAGUCCGAUUUGAGUGAUGAUGGUAAGGCAUUGGCAGUGAGUGAGGAGGAGGAAGAUGAUGAAGAAGAAAAGGCUACGCCUAGAAGAAGCAGGCCUAGAAGAAGCAGUGUUGGUCUUCGAGUAGCCUUGCAAUUCCCCACCAAGAAAUCAGCAAAAAAAUCUGAUAAAAACGAUUCUUCUGAGCCGCUGUUUUCUAGCUCACACCUCCCGGACAAUAAAAAAAACAUUCUUGGGAGAAAAAGAAGUUACGAAGAAGGGGAGGAAAGGGGAGAUUCUGCCUCCGAGUGUGAGGACGAGGGCCAGGAGAGCUCGGAUGCGCUGCUGAGAAGGGCCAUGAACAUCAAGGAGAACAAGGCCAUGCUUGCUCAGUUAUUGGCGGAAUUGAACUCAGUGCCAGAUUUCUUCCCAGUGCGAACCCCGAACUCGGCUUCUAAGAGGAAAACCUCGAGGCGGGCCUUCUCGGAGGGGCAGAUCACCAGGCGCAUGAACCCCACCCGGAGUGCGCGGCCGCCGGAGAAGUUUGCUCUGGAAAACUUCACUGUCUCAACCAGCAAGUUUGCAGACGAGUUCUACGGUUUCAGAAGACGGAAGACGAUCAGUGGGGGGAGGUGCCAGGGCGUGAAACGGCGCCAUCGGCUCGCUCCUUUCCGGGCGGUGGAGGAUAUCACCGAGGAGGACCUGGGCAACGUGGCCCUGACCGUUCGAGACAAAAUCUAUGACAAAGUCCUGGGUAACACGUGCCAUCAGUGUCGGCAGAAGACCAUCGACACCAAGACGGUGUGUCGGAACCAGAGCUGUGGAGGGGUGCGGGGACAGUUCUGUGGGCCGUGCCUGCGGAACCGCUAUGGGGAGGAUGUGAGAGCAGCUCUGCUGGACCCGAACUGGAUCUGUCCCCCCUGCCGUGGGAUCUGCAAUUGCAGUUACUGCAGGAGGCGCGAUGGCCGCUGUGCCACGGGGAUCCUCAUUCACCUGGCCAAGUUUUACGGUUAUAACAACGUGAAGGAGUAUCUGGAGAGCUUACAGAAGCAGCUGGUGGAAGACAAUUAAGAGAAAGAAGAACUGGGCAGCUCGCCUCGCAUAUUCCCCACAAGACGUGCCCUACGUACCAUUUGUGCCUAAGAUUUUUUUAUAGUUGUGUUUUUAUAUAGAAACUCUGAGUAGAUCUAAAUACUAUUUGUUUUAAAGAUUGUUUAUAUGCUUACAAAGAUUUCUCAGGAAGACAGCUAAGCACCUCGAGGAAUCUAUGUACGCAGGACUGUUUGAAUUGUUAAGUGUCUGCAGAUGAUUAAAAAGCACAGUUAAAGUUCAGGUAAGUUUGAGAAAACGCUGCCUAAGGAGCUCUUGCCUUUGACACCAUUUAACUGUCGACGUUGCCCUGAUACUUCACUUCCCAAGCAGUAACUCCAGGCCACGUUUUCACCGGGGUUACUGCCCCUGUCCCUUGCCUUAUCCUGACCUCAGUUCAAACCACAUGGUUUCAACCCGCUCCCGUGUGAUUGGAAAUUUACAUUGACAAACGUUCCCCUAAAUUACAGAGUGCAAUUAACCGCAGAACUUGAGUGUUCUAGAGUUUUAUUUUGUAUUAAAACUUGAAUGAACAAAAA